UGGCCCUUUCGCUUGGGCUCUGGCAGCGGCGGUCGCAGCUGGAGGAACGCGCAGGCGCCGAGGCCGCAGCUGGCUGGGAGGGAGGCAGCGGCUGCAAUAAGCGGUGGUCGUAGUAGCAGCUGGCCGGGCUCAGAGCGCGAGUAGCGGUCACUGUUCUGCACGGGGUCAUUAUCAUCCAGGGGCCUACUUAAAACCAAAGAGAAAAGUCAUGGAGAGGGUUUUCCUCACUGAAGAGAAAGCCAAUUCAGUAUUAAAGCGUUAUCCAAGAGCAAAUGGUUUUUUGGAAGAGAUAAGACAAGGAAAUAUUGAACGUGAAUGCAAAGAAGAAGUGUGUACUUAUGAAGAGGCAAGAGAAGCCUUUGAAAAUGAUGUGAAGACUAAGGAAUUCUGGGACACCUACAUAAAGGAACAUCAGGCAGAAAACAGAGGAAGUAACUGGUAUCCAUUUUACCUUGCAUUUCCAUUAAUCAUUGGCCUUUUUGUUAUCCUCAUCAUCAUAUUCAUAACUUGGAGAUAUCUCCUAAAAAAGAAAACUCGCAGACAAACCAUGUACAUGAGACGGGGAGCACUGGAAGCCAGUAGUGAUGGCACCCUGACAGACGGUCGAGGACCUCUCCCAUCCCAUCUCAGCAUCACUCAUUCCCCGCAAGAAGAACUCUUUGACAGCAGUGGGCUGUCCCCAGGAUUUCUGGGUUAUGUAGGUGGGCGCUCAGAUUCUGUCUCUACACGUCUCUCUAACUGUGACCCCCCACCUACCUAUGAGGAAGCCACUGGUCAGACAAACCUAAGAAGAAGUGAGACAGAACCUCAUUUAGAUCCACCCCCCCAGUAUGAUGACAUCAUGAACUCCAGCUCAGCCAAUGCCAUUGCUAUGGUACCUGUCGUCACCACCAUCAAGUAAAGCAGGAAAAAAAAAAGCCAACUCCAUUACUCUGAUUCUUUUUAAACUACUAAUGGGAGAAUUUUGUAGCACUUUAUCACGGCAUAAUCAUGCAUUUACAUAAUUUAUUGGACCUUCAAAGCAUACCACUUCCCCCCCUCCCAUAUCAUUUUCCUUCUUCUUCUUCUUCUUUUUUUUUUUCUUUCAGAUUUUAUCAGUGCUCAUUUUGGCUAGUGGGGAGAUAGGAACCGAUACCCACAGCAGUGUUCAUAUGGGAGUGCAUAUAAAUGCCAAUAUAAUAUAUAUAUGAAGCUGCCUUUAAAAAAAUCCUUCUUUCUUAGUAACCUAGAGAGGGAGACUUACCGGAUGCUACUAAAUGUAGCACUUAAUUAUAUUUGCAGAUUAGAAAGCCAGUAACAUGUUGAAUUUUGCAAGUAUGAAAUUAUAUUGGAUUAACUUUCCUCAGUAACUUCCAGUUUACCUUAAAAAGGAAAAUGCAUGUGGUAAUCUGAAUUUAGACACUCUGACAGAGAUAACAAUAAGUGAUAAAGUGCUAACAACUUUUAACUAGUAAGAUAAUUGGUUAUUAAUGACAUUUCAGGGUUUGUGGUGUAUUUGGUAAAGAACCAAACAGUGUUUAUGUAUUUUUAGAUGACUUUGAUCAUAUUUAUUCAUUUCAUGCUUUCUUUUUUCCUUUUGCCAUGAAAUAAUUUGUAAAGUGGAUACAGACAAAUAUUAGAGUGACAAACUGCUCAAAUUUGAUUAAUUCCCUCCUUACUUCCCUGUUGUCCAUUAAUACCACCCAAACUUUUAUUCCCUUCCAGCUUGACUCUUCCCUAUCCUUUUAGGAAUAUGAUUAAGAUUAAAAACUCUGAGAGAAAAAUAUUUUGUUACAGUCAUAGGUUAGGCUACAGUCAUUGCCUCAGUAUUAUAGGGAGGCAAUUUCCCAUAAAGUUAAAUAUAAAAGAAUUAAAGCACUGUGAUUUUUAUAUUGGUUUUCUAUUGAUGGAGAAAGAUUGCAAAAUCUGUGUAAUACCAGGGGCAAAUUGGAAUCCAAUUACAGCCUCUUUGAUUGUCACUUUUCUUUUUGUGUUAUGUUGGGUGGGGGGAGGUACAGGUAUAACUUUUACAAAGUAGGGAGUUGAUGUCAUGCUCCCCCAGGCAAAAUGUUUGAGAAUAGAAUGCAAACCUUCUCUAUUGGCAGCUAUGCUGUUUCCUGCAGUUAAGUGUGAGUUUCUGUAUUGCACUGAAAUGAAGUUGAUCCACCCUGUCCACCUGAAUGUUUUCAUGCAGUCCCACUCCUACAUUGUCAACCACUUCUCCACACCAGUCCGCACUCCUCACAAAGUCAAAGGGAAUUGUCUCCUGGACAAAAGAAACCCAUAUUUGACAUACUCGUAGACAAAAAAGACAAUGGUCUGAACCAAGUGGAUUGUACGUUAGUGAGAGGUUCCAGCAACAACAGUCCAUUGCCCAGGAACUGUGAAUCCAUUAUUCAUAAUGCUUUUACACAGUCAAGAGGGUAAUACAAACUUCUUUUGACCUUGCCACCACCAAGUACUUGGUCUCAUACAUCUUCUACCAUUUAUUAUUGUGCUGACAUCUGGAUUGUUUAGUCAGCAAUUAAUGUCCAAAGGCCCAAGGGAAGAUUUUAUAAAUGACUUUAAAUUCAAAAGUUACAAAACAUCUCAAUUAUGGACCACAGCCUCAACACUAAGUACAUUAGUUUUUAUUUUUUUAUUUUUGUGUUUUUUUGUUUUUGUUUUUGUCUCAUGAACAUGACUAUAAAUAUACAGUAGAUAGUUGCUUCUGCUACAAAAUGAAAGGGCAGAUUUAUAUGACCUCAGAGAUUUCUUCCAUUCUUAAUCUAUGGCCUAUGUACUCUCAGUCUUUGGCAUUUUUUAGAAAUUAGCCAUUAGGAAUUUUCACUUCAAAAUUUGUUUUUGUUAAUGUUUGUUUUUAAAUGUUCUAUAGAAACUGGCCCAAAGCUCUUCUUAGAUAAUUAGUAGAAUGCAGGGCUUGGGUUGGACCAGUAACCAGAAGAAACUGAAGGACAAGAGCCGGGUAUACCAUAAUUAAAUACAGGCCUGAAUUAUGUUUAUUUGCAAUUUUAAGUUCCUGGGCUUAAUGUUACUGCUGCUUUUUAU